GUCCAGCCAUGCAGGUGUUUGCAGCAGCCUGUAGCAGCCGUCCAAAUGCCUCUUCUCCAAGGGCAAAGACGGGGUGCGCCUGUUUUAUUUCACCGCUCAUCCGGAUAAAAACUUUUCACGAGGACGGCAUGGGAAGUAUGCGCUGUCUCAACGACCCCGCCCACUCAAAUUGGCCGCGUUCAACACAGCAAGUGCCCUCCAUGUUGGUCACGUGACAUGGAAGAAGGGAAGAAAAAAGAGAGGAGGGAGAGGGAUAAAAAGGAAAAAAAAAUAAACAACGAGGAGAUUAUCUGACUGAUUGAAAGAAGACAGCUCUCGUUUGUAGUUCGUGAGAAAGACAAAAGAAGAUGAAGACAUGUUAAGUUGUGAGCUCCAGAUGUGAUGGAGAGGAGAGGAGUGGAUGUCAGCUGGAUAUGAGAAAGACACAUGAAUAAAGAAUCCACUGUGGAAAAGGAGGAGGAGUGAAGAUGAAGCUGAAUGAACGCAGUGUGGCGCACUAUGCCACCUGUGACUCACCGCCAGACAAAACAGGCUUCCUGUUCAAAAAGGGUGAGCGCAACACAGCUUAUCACAGGCGCUGGUUUGUCCUUAAGGGCAACAUGCUCUUCUACUUUGAGGAGCGCGACAGCCGUGAGCCAAUCGGUGUCAUCGUCCUUGAAGGAUGCACCGUGGAGCUGUGUGAGUCAGCUGAGGAGUUCGCCUUCGCCAUUAAGUUUGAUUGCGCCAAAGCCCGGGUGUACAAGAUGGCUGCUGAGAACCAAGCAGCCAUGGAGUCGUGGGUGAAAGCGUUGUCGAGGGCCAGCUUUGACUACAUGAGGCUGGUGGUGAAGGAGCUGGAGAGGCAGCUGGAGGAGAUUCAGGAGGCUGCAGGAGGUGGCUGUGGUGGGGCCGGUGUAGGAGGCCUGCAGGGCAGGUCAAAGUCCUCCAGGCGAAGCCAGGUGUCAAGAUCAAGGUCUGGGGCAUCCUCUUCUUCAUCAUCCUCAUCUUCCUUGUCAUCAUCAUCAUUGAGUGCCCCUCCCUUGUCACUCCCCUUCUCUAAUCAAAGGAACUUCCAGGAUGAGGUCCAGCUCAUGUCUGGGUGUUCCAAGGAGAACGGCGUCGCAUGGAGCAAACCACAAGUUGCCUUGGCUAAUGGCUUUGUCGAGGGAGCGUCCUCCUGUGUGGCCUGGGAAGCCAGCGGAGACUCUGGGUACAGCAGUAUGAUUGCUUAUGGGGCUGAUGGGGUGAGGGCUCCACCAGUGCCACCCAGGAGAAGAGGAGCAUCUCUGGAGAGCCCCGUCUCCCCCGGUACUGGGUGCUUCUCCAAGCUCCAUGACUGGUAUGGCAGAGAGGUGGAGGAACUGAGAGUGCAGUGGCUGCAGAGCCAGUAAACUGACGGAGAUGGAUCAUUUCUUUUCCCACAGCUAUAUCAUUUCUUUUCUAAACAUUUUGCAUUAUUAUACCCUUCUGAAUCCAGCAGAAAGGUGAGAAAACACUGACUUAAUUUCAAAUUGCAGUCUUACCAUCAAUCAACAAAGAUAUUUUUAAGAAAAAUGUGAUUGAUUCCAGAUCUUGUCUGGCACAGGGGAAUCAAUUUGUUUUACCACUAAUCACCGUACAAUCCACGCAAGAAAACACAUAAUAUGUUUUUCAGAGUGUCGUUUGCCAAGGACAAAUACAAGAAAUGUAAGAAUACAGUUAAAGUAGUAACCACAUAUGAGAAAUCAUCAGUUUUUCCAACAAAAUGAGUGGAGUUUGGCCUUGAAGUAAAUACAAUUCAUAAAAAAAAUAUACUGUUCUACCAUUAUAUUGCCAAUUUUAAGACUUUUUUGCCAUUCUCACCUCCAGAUAUACUUGUGCAAUUAUUUUGUCAGUUUCUUAAAAGCUGUAAGAACCUCUAAAAAUAGCUAAAAACAAAUUUCCGAUGAAAGAGAAAAGCAGAGAAUGGUGAGGGUUUCUGUUAUAUGCAAAUGAAAUCAUGAAGGCCACAUAAAUAACAUCCUAAAUAUGUUGCACAAAACAAAUCAACAUGGCUCAGGUUGCUAUGUUGAUACAUUUAACCUAAGCUUACAGCGGUGAAAGUAACAGAAAAACCUGCAGCUGUAUGAUUGAUGUGCCUGUCUGGUGAGGUCUGAGCUUUCCCCUGUUGGUGAUGAAACAAUUCACAACCGUUCAGAGACGAGUGUUCGAACAAGGGAAGUGAAAUGAUAACAUUAAAGUAACAGCAGGGAAGCCGUCUGCACAGUUGUUGACAUUUUUACAAUCCAAAUGGAAAUGGCAUCGAGAAUUAACGGCUUUCAAGUUAGAAAUUCAACAUUUGGUGUUUCCUAUAACUUUAAACCAUCUUAACCUUAAGAUCAUUUUAAUAUAUCGACUUUUAGAGAAAAAAAUACUCUCGGGCUAAGAGCCGGGGCGGGGGGGGGAAACUAAUCUAGAUCCUCCUCUGUAUUCCCACCAGGGCACAUCUCACCCCAGAGGCCUUGUGGUUGCUAAUGUCAGAGCCUCCCCUCCACAGUCACUGGGGACCGAGGUGGGAGCUGGAUGUCUCGCUCAGAGCAACACACCCUGAUAUUUUUAGCCUUUGUUAGCCAGCAGCCAGAUGAUGCUGUGUCAUAAGAGUGCUUGUCACUUAGUUCUCUCUCUCUCUUGACUCUUGUAUUUCAUAAAAGGAGAUUGUUUAUCUUUGAACUUAGAGGAUUUAACACUUUUACUCAUAAAAACCGUGAUACUUUCGUCAUUAUGCAAUCAAAUCAUCUUAAUUUGAACGCCUUGUUGGUGUGUUUGUUACAGCUGAUUAACCUGAAUGUUACUGUCUGUGAACAUCUAACCUCUUUGGUUUGUAUACAAGUACUUAACUCUUCCAUGUUGGAAGUUAACACCAGCAGUCUGCAAAAUGGGCGUUUUUAAUGUGACUGCACAAGCUGUAUUCCUGUAUUCAAUCAUAGCAUUUACAUUCUUGUUUGUGCCUUAUGUUAUCUUUUUAUAACUUUGUUACUGCACUUGAAACCAUUACCAUAGGACUACAGUGAUGGAGGGGUUUGUCUUUUCCUCUUUUUUUAAAACUGUACGGCUAUUUUUUUGUUUUUUUUUUCCUCUCUCUUUCUUUCUUUGUUGCCAAAGGCUGAUUUCGGUGCAAUCACUUUUUGACAAUGGCUCAGUUGUUUCAGUCUGCAUCAGUGCACAGCACUAUCAUUGCUGUUAUACACUCGGCUUGUACAGAAACGACAAUGUGGGAGAGACUGGUACGGUGUGGAUUGAGUUAUUUUUAAACGGCAAUAUCAAGGCAGUAUGCUUUUGACAUAUAUUAUCUAAAAUUUUGGUUGUAUUAGUGCCAAUUUUACUGACUUAAGGAGACGGUUACUAUAAUUGCAGAUGGCAAGAGUCUAUUUUUUGGCAACAAUAUUUAAAGGAAAUUGUGAAUGUGUCAAAUGAACCAUAUAAAUCAUAAUUAUACGUGUCUUUAUUCAAGAGUGCCAAAUGAGGAAUGCAACUUAAAUGCACAAAAAUCAUUUUUCCCACUAAAUUCCAUGACUCUAAUAACAUUUUGUAAUGUUAAUGUACACUUUAUGAGUAUUAUCUUGAUUAACCAAUAAUAUUUAACACAUUGUCCUUAUAUGGUACCCUUGAAAGAUGUUUGUUAAUUAAGCAUUUGCUGUAUACCACUCAAUAAACUGUUAUUACGA